UCUUCAAUGAAAACUGAGACUGCGGGGGGAAAGCCCAUGAAAGGAAAGAGCUAUAGGUUACUUUUAAUGGGUUGUUUGUUUGGGAUAGUAUUUGUGGCGUGUCCCCUGACUUUUUAAAGAAAUAAACAGACAGGGGCUUAAUACAGCCCAGCUGUUUCACAGGCCCCGCUCGCGCCCGUGUGGUCGCUGAUACUGAGCGCGAGCUAACCGAAGUUAGCUGGACGGCUAUCGGCAAUCCAGGGGGACAAACCGGGAAAGGAGACGGGAGGAGAGGGGUCGACAGAGAGCGCCGUUGUCAUCAAACUUAGUAGUAUGUCGCCCUCGGGAAGUAACUUAAGCUUUGGAUGAGGUUCCUUGGCGCUUUCGAUCGCAGAGGGUUUUUUAACGCGACACUGGGCUGUGAUGUUUGAGCCAGCGCGGGGCUCCGGUGGAGGCGCGACGGCGGUGGCGGUGUCCCGGGGUUGGCCGCAUACGGUGCUGUGGAGUCUAUGGGUUUUCUUUCUCCUCCUGGUCCUCGAAGGGGUCCGAUGCCUCGCCAACCCGAGCAAUGCGCCGGGCAUAAACCAUAACAAUAGACCGAAUGUGAACGUGUUCAUGAGCGAGGAAGAGGUGAAAAAACUCCUGGGUCUGGAUGCUGAGCUGUACUAUGUAAGGGAUGAUGUGGUAAAUCAUUAUGCCCUCUCCUUCAUCCUCCCUGUUCCCAGUGACACCAACAGCUUGCAUUUCACCUGGCACUCCAGCAGCAAGGUGGAUUACAGGUUAGGGUUUCAGGUGGAGAACAUGUCAGCCAUGGAUCAACCUCAAAGCAAUAUCUCAGCCCAAGGAGAGGUCCCUCGAACCCGUUCAGUGUUCAGAGUGGACCUCUUCUGUUCUGGGAAGGCUGACGGUGAAGCUGUGCUAACGGUGCAGUUGAACCUGACAACACCAGCCAACAACUUCACAGUGCUCAACUUCAAACGCAGGAAAAUGUGUUACCGAAGAAUUGAGCAGCCAGAGCCCCCCAAAACUCUGCCAUUCCCAAACACAACCAUACAGAGAAUAGACCCGAGCAGUUCAAAUGCUCCCACCACAUCCACUCGAGUUUUCUACAUCAGUGUGUGUGUGUGCUGCAUCGUCAUCUUUCUAGUGGCCAUCAUCCUUGCUGUGCUACACCUGCACAGCAUGAAGAGAGUGGAAAUGGAUGACAGUGUUAGUGACAGUGGAAGCUCCCAGGGCCUGUCUCAGCCCUCCACCCAGACCACCCAGUACCUGAGAGCAGACACCCCCAACAACGCUACACCUGUCACCAAUGUUCAAACUGGCUCUGCACCCAUGCUCCAGCUUGCAGGCGCCUCCUUUCCCCACCCUGGUUCCCCCUCGCAUGAAACCAAAAGCUAUCCCUCGCUGCGGAUAGAGAAGAAUGACUUAAGAAGUUUAACUUUUCUUGAGGCCAAGGCAAAGGUGAAGGACAUCGCCAUCUCCAGAGAGAGAGUAACACUCAGAGACGUCCUUCAUGAAGGGACCUUUGGCCGCAUAUUCCAUGGAGUCUUGCUUGAUGAGAAAGACCCAAGCAAAGAGAAACAAGUCUUUGUGAAAGCAGUGAAAGAUCACGCCUCAGAGGUUCAGGUAACCAUGAUGCUGACAGAAAGCUGUAAACUACGAGGGCUUCACCACAGGAACCUUUUACCAAUCAGUCAUGUAUGUAUAGAAGAUGGUGAGAAGCCCAUGGUCAUGCUGCCCUAUAUGAACUGGGGAAAUCUAAAGCUUUUCCUCCGACAGUGUAAGCUCGCAGAGGCCAACAACCCACAGGCCAUCUCUCAGCAAGACCUGGUCCACAUGGCAAUACAGAUUUCAUGUGGGAUGAGCUACCUGGCACGGAGAGAGGUCAUUCACAAAGACCUGGCCGCCAGAAACUGUGUAAUUGAUAACAGCAUGCAAGUGAAGAUCACAGACAAUGCGCUCGCCCGUGAUUUCUUCCCCAUGGACUACCACUGCCUCGGGGACAACGAAAACAGACCAGUUCGCUGGAUGGCCUUGGAGAGUUUGCUCAAUAAUGACUUCUCAAGUGCUAGUGACGUGUGGGCUUUCGGGGUAACUCUGUGGGAGCUGAUGACCUUGGGACAGACUCCGUAUGUUGAUAUCGACCCCUUUGAAAUGGCCGCCUAUCUGAAGGACGGCUACAGAAUAGCACAACCCAUCAACUGCCCUGAUGAACUGUUUGCAGUAAUGGCUUGUUGCUGGGCCUUGGAUCCAGAAGAAAGACCAAAAUUCCAACAGCUCGUCCAGUGCCUUACCGAGUUCCAUGCAGCUUUAGGGGCGUAUGUCUAAACUCUCGCCCAAGGUUUCUUUCUCAAACCCAGCAGAGAUGUGGAACAGCACUAUUUUUCAGAAUAAGAGUUAAUGCAGUUCCUUACUUUAUAAGAAAAUCAGCCAUUUUGUAAAAUGUUUAUUUCAUGUUAUAUGAAAUGUGGCUUUGUUUGAGAGGUGUAAAUGGUGUAUAUGCGUGAAAUAUCAAGAACUCUUUCCCCAUACUAAAGAGCACUCAGUACUCCAAUAUACACACAAUUGUUUGGAAUGCUGGUAUUAGGUGUCUUCAGGAAGCUGCUGUUCUACUUGUUUCACUAAGAAACUUUUUUACUUUCCAACAAAAGAAACAAUAAAAGAAAUGGAUUAGAAAUUUCCUUUAUGGACAUAUUUUAAAUAUUGUUGUCAGAAAUAUCUGUACAUACAUUUUCCAAAAGACUUGAGUGAGAUGAUCUACAUCCACUGUAUUAGGUCCUGCAUUUAUUUUUAAAGACAAUUCAGUGAGAGAAGAAGACUGCAUUAGAAGAGGAAAGCCUCAGCCUGGGCAUGGCAAUUGGUACGUGAAGUAAACAACCUUUUUGUUCUCCAUCCAAUCACACAACUGGGACUGAAGAUGGUGGAGCCCUACCGCUGGCUAGAAGCUUUACCUCCUUUAAUUAUGAGAUGGCCAUGGAGGUGUGGACCAGCGUGUUGGGACCCUGAAAGUCAAAUUGGACUUUGGUACAGGGUUUUUCAAAUUCCUUAAGCUUUUGAUGUUUGACUGUUCUGCGUCAGAACAAUGCCUUCCCUGUAUGUUUAAAAAUGAGUGAAUACAUAGCAAAGAAAUGCGAAUCACUGUGAAUAUUUGGCAUGUACGGCCUAGACAUCAUUUUCAACAAAUCUUUUGUUCUGAAUCUAUAGGCUCUUCUUGCUAUCUUUGUGAUCACUGCAUGUUGACUUUUUUAAGGGUUUUGUGUAAACUUUUCUGAAUUCAUACCUACCAAUGAAAUGAGGCCUCUAAAUAAAAUGGGAUCUCAGUAAGGAA